CUGCUGCCCACUCGUAAUUAUACCACGCAGGUUAUCAUAUCACCGCAGGUGGGCCCUUGCCCCCCCUCUCUCGGCACCCGCAUGGCAGCCAGGAAGCAUGGCUGUUCCUCGCCCUCUUCUUGGUUCGUGGUCAAGGGCUCGUGGUUCUGGUUCUGGUUCUGGUUCUGGUCUUCGUCUCUUCUUCCCUUCCCUCUCCCUCCCUCUCUGGACUUCAGCACUCCUGGACCGGCGACUGGACAAGACAUCCCUCGCCUGCGUCGACAACUCGCCUUGCCGGGGCGCAUAGCAUGCACGGUAUUGGCCCGCACGCCUCCUGCAUGCCCUACGCAGUCGCUCUCGUCCUGUCGAUUUGCGCCCGGCCAGCCCAUCGCCCUACACACCCAUACCCAUACCAAUAGCGGCACGCAUCCAAGGCAAUCCCCCCUGGAUGAAGCCAGCUACCGCCUGUCGUUAAUCUCGCCGCAUUUCUUCAGCCUAUCUGCACGGCGUCGACCACCCUCGUUUGGCCCAGCAAGGUCUCUGCUUUCCCUCUGUCUCUGUCUCUCCUCUGUCCGUCGUAUUUUCAUUUUUUUAUCUUAUUUUAUUUCCCUUCAUACUACUCUAUCUUUACUACCAUACCGGUACUAUACUUCCCCUUCGUUACACUUCAUUUCUUUUCGCCGGCUUGGGCUGCCAAUCUUAUUGCUCCUACGGAGCACUCACUGCCUCUUGUCCCUCGAUACCACUUGGUGGUAAUGGUCUUCCUGGCCUAGGUAGCCCAUAUCUGCCGCCCUCUGUCUAUAGCACCACAAAACCAGUCAUCACAGGCAAUCUCGUAUCCCGCCGUGCCCUCCGUCCACCGUCGCAUGCGAACCAGGACAGGUCCCUUCACGGCCGACGCGGACCGAUCCUCGACGCCGACACGCUGGUAGCUGACUGCAGAUCGCCGUGCCGACCUCGACCCAGAGCCGGCAUUGCCCUCGUCGCCCUCGACCUGGACUCCAGCGACACGGCAUCGCCAACAACGCGUCCAAGGACCAGGCGCUCCCAUCCCGAGGUCCCCACAAGGUUGGCCAUCCAUUCACUCACUCACUCACUCACUCACUCACCCGGCCACCCAUCCGGUCGACGACCCAGCCCGCAUGAAGCCGACAUGGCCCGGGAUUGACCGUCAUCUUGCUUUUGAAGACCAACAGGCUGAGCCAGCUCGGCCCUGCUACAGCCCUAGCCCCAGCCUUGACCCUCCCAGGCCGAGGCCAUCGCUUAGGCGCCGGCCUGCCGAAGAAUGUCGGCGCCGGACCCAGACCGUCCGAGCCUCACUCCCGUUCAACAGCAGCCAAGUGCCAUCCGCCUUGUCCCGUAUUCUCCUCCUCGUGCCGCCGAUUCCACUGAGGACCUCCAACAGCCGCAGAGCGGUGCAACGGCGGAAUUCUCGGAUUUCGGCCGCCACGACGACGGCGGCGGCGACGACGGUGACGACGAGGACGACGACGAUGACGACGAUGAUGGUUAUGGAUCCAACUGGAGACGGACUAACCAGACCUCCGAGAAGAAAAGCAGCAGCAGCAGUAACAGGCGCAACCAGGGGCCUGUCGCAUUGCCGUCCACAGCCGGUUCCCGGCUAUUAUUGGCAAAGCGGGAGGAUGGCGUUUCAGGGGAGAAAUCUGCAACAGGUGCAGGUACAUCAGGAGACGGCCCAAGAUAUCGUCGCCCGACCGCGGUAGCCCCUGCUGGGCCUCCGCCAUCCAAUGUCGCUAGCCUCGCCGCCAUCAAUGCGCUGCACACACCCUCCACCCGCGGGCGCCUCUCUGCCUCGAGCUACACCACCCACACCAGCUUGUCGUCCAGACAUUCUGCAUCAUCUCAUCUCAGCGAUGCCGAGCCCUCCUCCUCGUCGAGGGCCUCUCGCUCGCCUUCUACUGGCCCUCGCCGCCCCGGUUCCUCCCGCCGCGGAGGGUUUGUGGCGGUCCUGAACGAAGACAAGACUUUUUCCCUCGUCCCACAGAGACCCCGGCCUGAUCCGGAACCAGAGCCGCAGCCCUCCUUGGCCUUGGACCCACGAUCCUCGUCGGCCCUGUCUGACUACAGCGGUCCGGGCGCGGGCUUCAGGUCCCCACAUUUACCCUUCUACCCAUCCACCCCUAGAGUGUCCCAGGCCAGUUCGCAUGAAGGCUACACGUCUUAUGCCUCCAGCCAAUAUGAUCGUCCCAGCUCUGCCUUCACUUCCACGGGAACCAUCCCGGACCGAAGCAUAACCCCCAGCACGCCUGUGCCGUCCUCUCCGGGCUCCUCAACGAUACACGACUUUGACGAUCCCAUCGCCGAAAGUUCCUCCACGCCACAGACCAAUCGCCUGGUCGGUGGACUUCGCAAGGUCCCCAAGACCCCCGACUUCAAGUGGAAGCAUUCCGACGAGUCGCCCACCUCUGACACAACAGAGAUCCCCCUACCCGCCGUCCCAGAAGCAUCACCACCGCCUGCUGCUGACGACGACGAUCUUGACCCGCCAGACGCCCAACCCACUGGCGCAGAACGGACCUCGUUUCAUUCCAAUACUCCUUCGGGUGGAUCUGACCAAAAUUACGUUGUCUACGAGCCUGACAGCCAGGCUCCUUCCGAGGCUGGGCUCUCUGACGCAGCCAGAGAGCGGCAAGGCUCAGGGGCACCAGGCGACAGUCAAUUGGACCCGGACCUCCGCGAACAGGCGUCUUUCGACUCGCAGCAGACCGCAUCCACCGAGUUCGAGUCGACAAACAUCAAAAUCUACGGUCACAGUGAAUCCGAAGGUUCUCAAGAGGCUCUCCCGGAACUCGCGUCAGAACACGCUCCGUCCGACUCAGGCAGCGGCCAAUUCGUCCCACCUCUGCUAACACAGCCUUCUUUCCGAUCCCUCCAGUCAGGGGCUUCAACGACCUCCGAAAAUACAAAUUACAAAGUCUACGGGCCCAACAGUCCAGGCCUGCCUCCGGUCCCCGAGGCGGAAACCCCCCAAGGAACAAGCGAGCUCAGGCCGGCACAGUCAUUCCUCUCAGCCUUCUCAACACGCUCGGAAGCAGCCAAUUGGCAGGUUUAUGGCCGAGCCAGCCCUGCGACACUAGCAUCAGUCGAGAGCUUCAGCCCACCAUCGCCUUCCGGUUCGUACGCGCCGCUCCUGCGCCCGACGUCACCGCCCGAAGCUCCUUCUCUUUACGCACAGGAGGAAGAAGGCGACCGUCCAGUCACCUCCGACGACAACGAGGCAAACUACGUGGUCCACGGCGACCCCACCCCCGAACCGUCACCCAACCGAAGCCCUGACGCCUCGCCGCCAGGCACCGCCGUCCGACCCUCACGAGCAGGCUACUCCCAAGAGCCCCCGGCACCGCAGCCGUCACAACAGCUCCGCAGGCAGCCGUCUUCGGAAGGACUAGGAUACUACAGGUCGAGGUCAAGAUCCAUCGAGAACUUACGCACAAAGAAGUCUUGGAGAUCAGCAACUUCUUCAACUUCGGUCUCGUCGAUUAUCAACGAGGACGCUGAGGACUUCUUCGCGGGGCAAGCAUUCCUGAACCGGCCAGCAGGUCAGUGGGAGCCCCCAUCGGUCGCAGGGCCAUCAGAGCGCCAGCGACAACUCGACGAGCAGCGCGAGCGUGAAAGACGUCUGGCGGAGGAGAGAGCUUCAUGGGCCGAAGAACACGAAGGGCCGGCUCCCAUGACUUUGCCCACCACGCCGCAUCAAUGGAGCUCCCAACUGUCCACCGUCAUGUCCGAGACGGAGCCCGGGAGCUCCGGCGGCGGCACUCGAUCUGCCUCUCUGGCAUCUGGCUCACAACAUGGAAGCCACGGCCGGCGGAGCAGCCGGGGAUGGAGCUCACACAGCAGACAGAUGCUGAGCAUCUCCUCGUCCCUCGCUGCCGAGCUGGAAAACGCCUCCCGCUCCCGAUCCGACUCUGACCCCUUGGAGAGGCCGAGCCCGGUCUUCAACCCUCGCAACGGCUACCAUGUUACGGUGAGAGAUCACGAUGAAGACGGCGACGGUCUAGCGGAUCUGCAACAAAUUACCCCGAGGCCGUCUCGCCAGAGGCUAUCAGAUUUCUUCGCGAGCAGCAACUCGUCCGAACGUAACCUGCACUCCUCCCACAGCGGGCGCUCCCAGGCCAGCAGUCUGAACUCCAACGCGAUCCCUACCUGGGCUAAAGUCUACUAUGGCAGUGGGGAGCGGAAAUGGUUGCGAAACAUGUCGAUCUCGAGCAUGUCUGACCUUGGCAGCAGCCGCCCCGGUUCCGUGCAAAACAGCGGAUCACCAACGACUGACCAUUUCCCUCUGGGCAUCUACAGCCCACGGCGCCGACCCCACGAAGGAAGACCCGAUUCGUCAGUCCGGCUCCAUUCUGCCACUGGUAGCAUGGACAACGAGCACGCGCCCAUGCACGAGGAGUUUGGAAUCCGGAGAGGCCUUCGGAGGAUGACAUCGAGCGUGUGGUCACCACAUCUUCGCAGGGAUGUGCGUGCGCGGGAUCGAUACAGCGCAUGGGACCCACCCUCGGUUUCGUGGUCCGCUGACAGCGGCAUGUUUGGCCGCCGCAACGUGCAGGUGGUCCUCUUCGUGUUUGGGUUUAUCUUCCCUUUCGCCUGGAUGAUAGGAGCAGUCCUACCACUGCCCAAGCCGUCGCCACUUGCCAUGGUGGAGCGCUACUCAAGCAGCAGCGACUUGGGCGUCCGAUCCCGCGAGCACGAGUUCGAGCGCCACAUCGAGACGGUCGAUGAGCUCCGACACGAGAACGCGACCUGGUGGAGGACACUGAAUCGCUUCAUGUCCGUCGUGGGGCUGCUCAUCAUCGGCGCUGUUGUCGGCCUCGCCGUCGCGGCAGUGAAGCAGGGAUGGGGUAGGACCUGAGUAGGGUUUGUGAGGUGGCCUUAGCGAGACUUUUCUCCAGCGCUACCCGCUCAUGCGCGUGGUGCGAUGGGGAUAGGCGCAUUGCUGUCUCAAACUUUGGCCUCACUUCCUUGGGCCAAGCGUUCCCUCGCGGCCCAACGAGCGUCGAUCAUCCGGACGUUUCAACCACGACAUCCGCAACACCCGAGUCGCUCUCCACCAGGAAAAAAGAAGUCCGCGCAGCGGCACCAGGUUUCCUAUUUUUUCGGUCACGACCUUGACGCUACGGAAUGAUCGGUUCGCAUAGACAGGAUAUAGACCGGUUUCCAGUAUGCUUCUCCACCACCCACCCAAGGCACUUGUCACAUGCCACACCGCCAGAGGCUUUGAUCGCCCUUCACAAUCCGUCACAUCACCUGAUCAAAUUUACAAACACACCAUGUAUUACAAAGUCGCCUGCAUUUUUGUCGUCAGCAUCAUAAGCGUCGUCUUUUGAUCACAUUUCGUUCCUGUCACGUUCCAGCAUAGACCAGAAAGGGGCAGCGCUGGCGGUCAUGUGCAGGGAAGAGAGCUCUUGACAUUUUACAUUUUCUAUUUUUGCUUGGGAAUUUGAGAGGAGAUACCCCCAUAUUGAAAGCAUCUUUUGCGGUCGGAGUACGAGUCAGACCCGAGGGUGAGAAAAAGGGGGCCCUGUUUGAUGAUAAUCUUGCACACCAACUCUUACUUUCCGACCUGUACUACUAUCCCACACCUUAUCCCACGUCAACCGAAAAUCACAUGCGCACAUCAUCAAGCAGAGAUCCUCUACCCUCUGGGUUGGGCAGGCGUUGGUCAGAGCCAAAAAAAGAGAGGACGAGCUCGGGCGAGCACCAGGGAAGAAGAGCUACGCGGGAUGACCGCGGUCUUAAUGGGUAAUAGCAGGUCCUUUUUGCACGAAGGGUGGUCUCCGUGGUUGGUCCUCGUCGGUCGGCUGCACUGUGUAUAUAUAUCUGAAGGGGAGCCAUUGUCGUUCCUGCUUCUCUCCGCGCCGACCGACUUGAUGGACACAACCGGCCCGCCUGGUGUUGGCGUUGACCAGACUCGAAGAGCAAAGCUUUGUGAUAGCAAUUUAAGAUUAUCUUCGAACUACG